CAGCAGAUUCAUCCUAUCGUCUGGCAACUUAUGAAAACAAAACCGGCGUGCGUUUGAGCUUGCAUGUGUUCCUCCGAUUUCAAAGGACUGCGUAGAGAUUUUCGGAUUUGUUGAUGAUGUUUCGACUCAAAUUUACCUGCACUUUAAUUCGGGGAUUUCCGAGGUUACUGCGCCUUCGUGACACCGGAAAGAUAAGAGUGCAGUGUUACAGUAAGGAUGCUUUCAAACAGUUAUUGCAGCGCGGGGUCAUACAAGAAGUAAUGCCGCCGGACAACGAAGAAGUGCUAAAUCUCUUCGCAUCAAAGCAAUGUAUUUACUGUGGGUUCGACCCCACAGCGGACUCCCUUCAUGUUGGAAACCUGUUGGCAAUCGUUCUCAUGUUACACAUGCAGCGCAUGGGGCAUGAGGUUGUCGCUGUGAUCGGUGACUGUACAGCACAGAUCGGAGAUCCGAGUGGCCGCCUCACGGAACGAGACCAAAUGGAGCAGAAAAUAAUUGAGAAAAACGUAGCCGGCUUACGAGACAACUUAGAAGCCGUGUUCAAGCAUCACGAGCAACAUUUUUGGAAGAGGGAGCAUCAGCUAAUACCUUUACGGAUAGUUAAGAACUCUGAAUGGUACAACGGCCAGUCUGUGGUUCCUUUCAUAGGAGCGGUGGGCCGGCAUUUCCGUCUCGGAAAGAUGAUGACACGGACAAGUGUACAACAGAGACUAAAUAGCGGAGAGGGCAUCAGCUUUGCAGAGUUUUCUUAUCAGAUGUUUCAGUCUUUUGACUGGCUCUACCUGUAUGAUAAGUACAACUGCCGCUUUCAAAUAGGGGGUGGAGAUCAACUUGGAAACAUCGACUCUGGUCACGACUUUGUGAAACGCACGAGGACAAAAGAUGUAUAUGGAAUUCUUACUCCAUUGGUAACAGCUGAGACGGGCGAUAAGUACGGAAAAUCUGCUGGAAAUGCUGUGUGGCUGAACGCUGAAAAGACUACACCGUACGAUUUUUACCAGUUCUUUUUCAGGUUGUCUGACAAGGAAGCCAUCAAGUUUGUGAAACUGUUCACGUUCACCACCCAGAAGGAACUGGAUGGCAUCAUUGAGAAACAAAUGUCUGAGCCCGAGAAGAGAGCAGCCCAGAAAUUGCUGGCGCGAGACAUGACUCUUCUUGUUCAUGGAGACAGUGGGCUCAGCCUGGCCAAAAAUGCUUCCGAAGUCCUGUUUGGCUCAAAGCCCGAGGAAGCGUUGCAGACUUUAGAGGAGCAAGACCUGCGGCUCAUCUUCGGAAAGGCGUCCUACGCACAGUUAGCGAUGGAGCCAGGGACGACCGUGCUUGAUAUGGCAAUGGAAGCGAAAUUGUUUCCGACGAAAGAGGACGCGCUGAGGAUAAUUGACGCUGGUGGGCUCUACAUCAACCAGAGGCGUGUCAGUGCUCCCUCGCACGUCUUAGUCCCGGGGGUCCACGUUCUGCCAAAUAAGAUGACACUGGCACGUGUCGGUAAAAAGAACUACUGCCUAAUUAAGUGGCUUAUGUGAGAUGAGGUGCAGUCCCUCACGCUGAUCCUCCAAGGCGAACGCGGGUCCGCAGAAACUGUCGUUCUGCAGACGGUGUACGUUCCGUAUCUCCGUGUCGAACGACACUUUGAGACCGAGCUUCCGUCGGUAGGUGUCCAGGUAGAGCGUCAUUGCGUCUGCCUAGGUUGGACAGUGACGUUUACGUGUUACAACCCGCUUCGAACUGAAAGAGUGGUGUGGACUGACUCGUGGAAAGUAGUCAUGCGAAAAGUGCCUGAACAGCAACGAGGGGUCGUCGCUGAGCAGCGAGUUCCAGUCGUGGCGGAGGUUGAACUCCGGGUUGUCGCGUCCAGUGUGGCAUUUGUUGAUGCUGAUCAGCCUUCUGUGGCGAGGGUAGUGCGCGAAGAAACUGCCUGCAAUGGUAUGAUGAAACACUGUAUGUCCUGUCAUACGAGGAUGUCCUGGCGGAGUAAAGUGAUGUUGCGGAAAUGAC